UUGGGUCGUCGUAGCGGAAAGGCUUCGCUUCUCGAUGCCGCUACCGUACUUCAAUUCUUACUGUAUGAGUGUGCAGCACUUGGGGACGUCUUUUUCGUGGUAUUGACCGCAAUGUCAUGUUGGAUCACAUUUGCCUACAAAUCUCAGACGUAUCCUUUCUACACCAUACUCAACGGAGCGACAGAAUGGGUUCUGAUGGCAUAUUUGAUCGCCACAGCCUGUCUGAAGUUCAUCGCUCUCAUUCAUAACAUACUCCAUAUGAUCCUACAGGAAACAUUUUUUAUCGACUGGGAAAGACCGCAAAUUAUUGAAGUGGACUGCUUGCUGCACGGCAGUAUUUUGAAAUCACAUUGUCUCCAUUUAGAACACACAGCUAGCUCGGCCAGUAUCUCGAGAUGUAUCCAAAGACCGCAAAAAGGUGCCAGUGGUCGUGUG